AUGUGGCGCCGCUUGCUGCUCUCUCCUGCGCGUCGCGCGCUCUCGACGCGGGGCGCAGUGCGCGCAACUGCAGUUUCAAGCUCCAUCUCCGUCUCUCCCGCCCCUGUCAGUGACCGUCACCAUCACUGUCACCCGCACCCGCGUCCGUCCCAACAGCAGUACCGACAUCGCUGUCACUUCCGUUAUGACUCGAGCUCUUCGUGGCUUGUGGCGCUUGCUGCAGGUACAAUUGGCCUAUCGAUGACGGCGUAUCUUUCAUACGACCACUCGUCGGCUGACUGCUGUGGUAUCGUCGGCGUCGUGAGCAAGACACAGAGCGCAUCGGAGUUUCUGUUGGAAGGACUGACGAUUCUCCAGAACCGUGGCUACGACUCGGCGGGCAUGACCACGCAGUCAAACACUGCUACUACUAGUAGCACUAGUAGGGCGAGUACAAGCACGGACGGCGAGACUACUGAUGAAGAAGGAGAUGAAGUGGCUGCAGCCAAGAGGGAGGGAGCAGCACCUUUGGUUACGACGAAAUUUGCUUCGGUAGUUGGCACAGCCGACUCGAUUCAUUUGUUGCGCGAGACCAAAGGCAAGCACGAGGGUAAUACGGCCGGUAUUGCACACACGCGCUGGGCGACGCACGGUGCCAAGACGGACUGCAAUUCGCACCCGCACAUGGACAUGCAUGGACGCGUAGCUCUCGUGCACAAUGGCACGUUUACAAACUAUUACGAAGUGAAACAGGAGCUACUGGACGAAGGCGUUGCCUUUUCGUCGCAGACGGACACGGAAGUGGCGGCGCAGCUCAUUGGACACCUGAUGGGUGAGGGAGCGGAUUUGCUCACGGCAGUGCGGCUGGCGCUCAAGAAACUAGAAGGCACGUGGGGACUUUGUGUCAUGGCACGGGACGAACCGGGCAAGAUUGUCAUUGCACGCAAUGGAUCGCCCUUGUGCAUCGGAUACGGAUCGAACGAGAUGUUCGUGGCGUCUGAGACCACAGCUUUUAGUCGCUAUGCCAAGCGAUUUGUCUCGCUGAAGGAUGGCGAAGUAGCAGUGAUCAAAAGCGACUCGGCAGAGUUGAACCCGAACGACGAUGGCAAAGAAGAAGGGUUCUUGCAGCGUUUCCCGACUAGCCGAUUGGCCGUGGCGCCAGAUGUUAAGGUGCGACUCUCGCCGGCACCAUAUCCACACUGGACGUUGCGUGAGAUUAUGGAGCAACCAAAAGCGGUGGCGGCAUCAUUGGGAUACGGUGGCCGCGUGUCGGAUGACCACGUCUAUCUUGGUGGGUUAGAGGCGGAGAAAGAACGAAUGCUUCAUAUCAAGCAUCUCCUGAUUGCUGCGUGUGGCACCUCACUCUAUGCAAGCAAGUACGGCGCGAAGCUGAUGCGAUCACUCAAUGCGUUCGAGAGUGUGGCCACAGAGGAUGCAUCGGAAUGCACUAGUGAUCGAUUUCCGAAAAAGGAUGGCGGUUUGCUUGUUUUGUCCCAAUCUGGCGAGACGAAGGAUGUCCACCGUGCUUUGAAGACUGCUGAAGAGCUGCAAUCUGAAGUGCCAACAUUCUCGGUCGUAAACACUGUGGGAUCACUCAUCGCGCGCACAACAAAAUGCGGCGUGUACCUGAACGCUGGUCGCGAGAAUGCUGUUGCUAGCACCAAAGCGUUUGUUACUCAGGUCACGGUCGUGGGACUCAUUGCGUCGUGGUUUGCGCAGAAUCGCCCUGACGGUAACCGUGCCAAGAUGGCGGAGCUGAUCCAGAGCCUGCACCGCCUUCCAAUCGCAAUUGGCAUGGCGUUGCGCUCGCGGGACCAGUGCGCAAAGAUUGCUGACAAGUUGGUGUCCGCUGAGCACCUUUUUGUGCUUGGUCGAGGAUACGGCGAGCCUAUCGCCUACGAAGGUGCGCUGAAGAUCAAGGAGAUCACGUACUUGCACGCUGAGGGCUACCCUGGCGGCGCACUGAAGCACGGUCCCUUUGCGCUCAUUGAAGGGGAAGAUGGUGGUAAGUUUGGUGCCACGCCGAUCAUUUUGAUCGUGCUGGAUGACGAGCACGCCUCGUUCAUGAAGACCGCCGCUGAGUCCGUGCGUGCCCGUGGUGCGCACACCAUUGUCAUUACGGACAACCCGGCGAUGUGCAAGAACAUUGCUGACGAGGUGAUUCCGAUCUCGACGAAUGGCCCCAUGACCGCUCUACUCGCGACCAUUCCGCUGCAGCUGAUUGCGUACGAGCUUGCUCUGCGCAAGGGUAUCAACCCCGAUUUGCCGCGUAACCUGGCCAAGGCGGUCACCGUGGAUUAG